AUGUCUUCAAGUAUGGAUCCUCAUUUGCCAAAUCAUCGCAAACAAUAUCCCUUCAAUGGAAGGCAAAUAGCUUCUCGAGUUGUGACCUUGCCUGUGUGCGAGUCACCUGUGUGCGAGCCGCCUGCUAGGCAAGCCAGCACUGUACCAGAGAAUAGAUUAGAUGCUGGAUCUCCCACCCAAGUACUUCCCAAGACAACAUCUAGAGUAAGAGACAGAUUACAAACGCAAGCAAAAGUGUCAAGGGCGAUAUACAUCAAAUUUCUCGGAUUACCGGCACAAGAUCUCAGAGUUCGCGAUGUUUGGACUUUGUGCUCGAGGUUUGGCAAUGUUGCCGUGUCAGACUUGGUAAACACUGUUAGUGGUCAAGUGGCAAUUGUUGGUUGGUUUGAUCAUCGCAACGCCGUUCAGGCAAUUGAGGCUUUAUCGAAAAUGGAUCACCUUUACCAGUGCGAUUUCAUCUUCGACUGCCAUCUUGACAGCUACGGGGAUAUUUCAAAUCUUUCUGCUUUGUCCAACUCUGCUGCUUCAGUAUUUUGUUUGCCUGUUCGAGGAGAUAUUCCCCCAAGUUCCUUGAGGGCCGAACUUGAACAGUUUGGAGAAGUCGAACAUCUCUGUGAGGUACCUCACUUUCCAGCGGUACAUCUGUGUCGUUAUUACAAUAUUCUAUCGGCACUAAAUAUUCUCACCAAGGCUGAAACUAUCAAAACCACACUUAUCGUCACGUCAGACAUGAUUGGGUUGUUGGAAAACUAUGCGUUCAAGGACUACAUGAUGUUUCGACACUCAAGCGUGCAGAGCACCGGACGCUACCAAAAAUCAAAGUGGAAAACCAUCGCAAGCUGGCUUCCAAAGAUGCAUACAGCUGAAAUUAAUUCUCAAGCUUGGGCUGUUGGCAAUGAGAACACUGCAUCCUCAACCUCUCAAAGGAAUGAAGUUAGUGUGGGCAGAGUUCUUCUUGGCCAGGACAAUCGUAACACGAUCAUGAUCAAAAAUAUACCGAACAAUUACCACCGGGACGAUCUUAAGUCAUAUCUUGAUGUUACCAACAAGGGAACCUACGAUUUUCUCUGUAUGAAUACUUCGUCCAUUCUGCACAAUGGCUUCCACUAA